AUGGACCGAGCAAACUCCUCACCUUUCACCGUUGAAAUCGAACAGGCUGCUCCCCCGAAACGAUUCUCAACGCCCUCUUUCACAUGUUUCAAAGGAGAUUCCGAUCUCGAAAGCCAUCUGAAGCAUUUCAAAAGCCUUAUGAUCCUCUACAAAGCCGAAGACGUGCUAAUGUGUAAGGUGUUUGCAAUGACUUUGCGAGGAGCAGCUCAAGAUUGA